AUGGCCAGAAUUGACGCAGCAGUGCAGGAUGGCACGGAGAAGACGCCACCGGCAUCAACUGCAAUACCCAAUGGAGGCUUGAAGGCAUGGCUCCAAGUUCUCGGCGGCUUCUUCGUCUUCUUCAGCACCUUUGGCGUCACCAACGCCUUCGGUGUCUUCGAAGCCUACUACGCCGACGGACAUCUUGGGUCGUCUACCAAAUCCAGCAUCUCCAUCAUUGGAGCGAUCCAGACUUUCAUCUUACUCGCUUCUGCCAGUAUAGCGGGACCCCUGUGUGAUCAUGGGUACUUCUAUCAGCUCAUUGUGGCCGGGUCCUUCCUCUCUUGCCUCGGCAUGUUUAUGACAAGUCUCUCCGACAAAUACUACCAAGUACUACUGGCGCAGGGUAUCUGCGUCGGCCUUGGAUCCGGCUUUCUCUUCACGCCUUCCAUGGCGGUCUUAUCAACGUACUUUUCGACACGCAGGAAUCUCGCGGUCGGUGUCGCGGCCACUGGAAGCUCGAUCGGCGGUAUCAUUUAUCCCGUGACAUUCUACUACCUGCAGCCACAGAUUGGCUACGCUUGGGCGUGUCAUGAGGUUCGCACUCUCACCAGCAAGGGGAAAAAGUACAUCGAUACGUCCAUCUUCGUGGAUCGAACGUUCAUGCUGUACGCUAUCAGCAUGUUCGUCGGCUUUGUUGGUGUAUUCAUACCGUUCUUUUAUAUCUCAAACAUGGCUGGCGCGAUAGCGACAAGAUCGUCGUCGGUUGCGCUCUCCUUUUUACUGGUGAUGAACGGGGUCUCCACCUUCGGACGGUUGAUUCCAGGCCUCCUGGCUGACAGAAUUGGACCACUUAACGUCAUCUGUAUUUCCAGUGUCGCAAGCAUGGUAUUAGUGUGGUGUUGGAUUCCUGCCGACAGGAUUGGUGGCCUCUUUGCUUUUGCCGCUCUUUACGGGUUCUUCAGUGGCGCGUUUGUGAGCCUCCCGUCCAUGACAACGGUGGCGCUGUCGCCAGAUCUGCGGGCGAUUGGGGCACGAAUGGGCUUCGUGAACGCUUUGGCGGGAUCCGGUGUGUUGCUUGGUCAGCCAAUCGCAGGGGCCAUCCUUGAGUCAACAGGGUCGUAUCUGGGAUUGCAAUGCUGGGCGGCUUCUGCACUCGCCGUGUCCUCGAUCUUACUGAUUUUGGCACGGGUGAGCAAAGUUGGACCUUCGGUCGCUCAGAAGGCGUGA